AUGGGAUCUGAUGUGCAGGAGGAGAGACUCCGCGAACUCUUCCACGCCUGCGAUGUGGAUCACUCAGGAAGCAUCGAGAAAUGGGAGUUUAAGAAAAUAUUUUCCGAGCUGCACGUCCGAACCACCGAGAUAGAUGCGAUAUUCUCCAGACUUGACAGCGACAAAGACGGCACGAUCACUCUGGAGGAGUUUAUGGACGGAUUUCAGGAGUCACACCUGUUGAACGACGAGGACAUGAGCCGCCACAGCGCCGGGGAAAGUUUCUCUGUCGCCUGGGAGGACUUUAAAUCCCGCCUGGAGGAUAAGGUGAAAUUCAUCCCCAGGGUUGACCAGGCAUCAACUCUGUACCAGAACAUCAGUCUGAUGGAGCCCAGAAUGGUGCCUCAGUAUGAACAAGUUCUUUUCAGUUUCAUCAAAGAGAUCCGAAUACUGAACACAGAGAUGGAACAUUUAGCACUUGUUGUAAAAAGAUCUCAGGAUCAAUCAGCUAUACAGUUGAGUGAGAUGGAAGAAGAGAUGGAUUACCGCAUCCACACCACAGAGAGAAACGCACGUCUACAGGAGUCUAAAAAAGCUGAUGCAGCUCUGAGCAGCAUGAAACACCAGUAUGAGUCUCAGAUCUGUGAACUUCAGCAGAAAAUACAGAUCCUGCAGAUGAAUGAGGACCAAAAUAGGAGCACCAGCCUUAAAGAUGAAACCUCAGCACUGAAACGAAAGAACAACGACCUGACGCUGCAAAACCAAAAGUUGAAGCAAGAGCUGUUAGAGUCCCACACAAAUGUUGCAUUCCUGCAGAGUGAUCUGGACUCUCUCAAGAGUGAUCUCACAGACCAAAGCAUCAACUUUGAACGAGAUGAAGCUCUGAUGAAAUGCUUCUCUGAAGAGAGAGAGAACCUGGAGAGACAGAUCGAGGUGCUUCAGGCAGCAAACAGAAAGCUCCAUGACAGUAAUGACGGUCUACGUGCAGCGCUAGAGAGCAGUCAGGGUAAAAGACAGACUUCGCGUGUUACUGGGCUCUCAACUGGGGUUUACAUGAACAGGAGAAAGAGCUUGAGUUCCCCUUAUUUUGAUCGGUGCUGUAACAUGUGUCUAGAUGAAGACUAUGAUCAUCAUCAGAUGAUGGAGGAUCUGUACAGACAGAGCUGUGAUUCUCUGGCUCUUGCCCUGUGUGACCCCAUGCGCAGACACAGCUCUGAGGAGGACAGCCUGCCCGAGAGCUGCGAGGACAGUGGCACGUCAACUCUACGCUCAAAUAAUUUCUACGAAUACGAGCAUAAAAGAACUUCCUGUAAAAGAAUUUCCUGUCCAAGUCCCGUGCAAGCGGUGGACAACAGCACCACUGUGUCUGGAGACACUUCGGACACAGAGGUUGUGGAGGUGCGAGAUGAGGCUGCGUUUUGUUCAGAUAGUGAAUCAGUUCUGAGUUGGACUCCAUCACAACCUGCUCAGAAAAAUGAUUCAGGAAAAAAAUGCCUCUCUGCUAUCUUCACUGAGAAAAGGAAGGAUGAGUUGGUGGUGACUGAGGCUCUGUCUGAAAAGGCUUACAGAAUUGUGCUGGCAGGAGACGCUGCGGUGGGCAAGUCUAGUUUCCUUCUUCGCCUCUGUAAGAACGAGUUCAAAGGCAACACCAGUGCCACACUGGGUAUUGAUUUUCAGAUGAAAACCUUGGUGGUAGAUGGUGUUCCUACAUUGCUGCAGUUGUGGGAUACGGCUGGGCAGGAAAGGUUUCGUAGCAUUGCUAAGUCUUACUUCAGGAGAGCUGAUGGAGUUCUUCUACUGUAUGAUGUCACUUGUGAGAAGAGCUUCCUUAAUGUGCGUGAGUGGGUCGACAUCAUUGAGGAUGUGUCCCAAGAUGAUAUUCCUAUCAUGCUUGUGGGAAACAAGACAGACCUGAGAAAUGAAGCUCUUCUACAUGGAGUCACCUGUAUUCCAACCAGCUAUGGGGAGAAACUGGCCAUGACGUAUAGUGCUUUAUUCUGUGAGACGAGUGCUAAAGAUGGUUCCAAUAUCAUUGAGGCAGUUCUUCAUUUAGCACGAGAGGUGACAAAGCAUACUGAUGAAUGCAAGGAGCCGAUAGCAGUGGCAAAACUCUCCGGAGGUCAUAACAAAAUGAUGUCCAACUCUAACUGCUGCAUUGGCUGAUGCGUGUCAACAUCAUCCCCAAACAAAGACUCUGUCGCAAGUACAAUGCUUCUACAGAGUUCAAGCAGAAUAACAUUUAAUUGUUGAACUAUUUAUUCAAGUUACAUGAAAGAUAGGAAAAAUUAGAAUUUUGCUUUGCUACAUGUGCUCAAGUUUUGACCUUGCGAUUUUCUUGCAUUUUAUUUUAUUGCGUGCCACAUGUUUAAGUUCAAGCACAUUUUUAUGUGUUGCAUUGCCUUUGAUAUCCCUGCAUUUCUCAGCUUUUAGGACUGCGAAGAGACACUCAUAUUUGUUGCAUUCUUUUUUGGUUUACAUACAUUUAGUUAGGAGUUUAGUAUUGCGUACCAUGACUUUUCUUAUUUGUUACAUGAAAACAUUCUUUGUGUGAGUGAAAUAUAUACCAUUAUAUACUGUAUGUCUAACAGGGUAACUGAAUAGUUUUUUUUUGUUAUUAUUUGUGGUAUGUGAAACAGGAUACUUGAUCGGAAAUAAUGUGAAAAGUCCUAUUUGUCAGGAACCGUUAAAGGAAUAGGCUAUUUUGUUCUUUUUUUUUUUUCAUUAAUCUCUUUAAUUCACUUUUUGAGACGUGUGUCUAAUGAAAUGCAUGAAACCCUUUAUGGAUUAACCAAAUAUUUUAGAAUUAUUUGGAUAAAGAUUUGAAAAUUGGUGCUUGGUUCAAAGCAUAUUAUUUUUUUAGAUCAUAUUUAAAUGCUGAAAAAUUAUAGUUUUAAUUAAAACAGAUUAGAGUUUUUAUGGAGGCCUCUAAUUGUAAUCUAUAAUUUACUUUAUGCAUUUCACAUGGCAUACUGCUGUUAUUGCAUCAUAUUGUUUUUGGAACAGCAGUCAGUUUUAAUGGGUAAUGGUCUGAUAAACACUCUUCUCUUGUCAGUAACAUGAAUACAACACUCUAUUCAAUCAUAAACGGUGGACACUUAUUAUUUAUGUUCUUACAGGAAACCUUCCUGAAUUUGCUCACUUAUAUUAUCUCAUUGCAUGCAACUGUUUCUUUUAUAAUCUGAUGCAUAGCGUGACUUUAAGAUUGAAUGUAUGUUGCAAGCACACAUUGAAUAUUGAA